AUGCGUCUCUCCACCACCUUCGUCGCGCUCGCUGCGUGUGUCUACAGCACAUCCGCGCAGACGCUCGCGGCGGCAACGUCGACCUCCGGCUCGCUCUCUGGCCUCAAGUACACGAAGGUCGGGAGCACGGGAACGUACAACCAGGUGACGAACAUGAUCCCGGGAAACUUCCCGAACUGCGACGCGAACCCGUCGUGCAUCACCGCUCCGAAGCAGAUCAGCGGCAACCUCGCUCCUUUUAACGAAGAAAUGACGUUCAACUUCCGCGGGCCGAUGAACCUGUUCAACAUCGCCGUCUACCAGCCUGACGCGGCCGGCGCGACAUGGAACCAGGUCAGCUCGUGGGCCGCAGGCCAGGCCCCGAACAACCUCGUCUUCAUGAACAACAAGGGUGGCGGAGCGAGCGGCGAGUUCUCCAUCUGCCACGGGAACAGCCAGUCGUUCGCCAACGGCGCCUUCACGGACGCCGUCGCCACCGCCAACGCAGAAAUCUACCCGGGCAACCUCCCCGGCGGUGCCGAAGUCAACAUCAUGACCGGCGAGACCUGCGCCUCGCGCGCGUGCGACGGCUUCUCGCGCGGCACCGCCAACCACGGCUGGGUCGACUCCAAGCUCCUCGUCGUCUCCUUCAACAUGCCCCCCUCCGCCGACGCGUCCCAGGUGCCCGCGAUCUGGGCGCUCAACGCCCAGGUCGCGCGCACGGCCGAGUACGGCUGCAACUGCCGCGGGGUCGGCUCCCCCGGCGGCUGCGGCGAGCUCGACAUCCUCGAGGUCCUCCUCGGCGCGGACGCGGACCGGGGGAUCUCCGAGAUCUACGCCGUCAAGGGCGCGACGGGCUCCGGCUCGGCCGACUUCUUCGCGCGCCCGACGGGCGACCGCGUCACGUACGGCGUCCUCUUCGACGUCGCGUCGGACCAGAUCGCGAUCCAGCUGUUCGACGCGUUCGACUUCGCGCAGGGGAGCGUCGCGCGGGGCGCGGUGGACGCGAUCCUGAACGCGCCCGCGCUCGAGGUCAGCUUCGCGACCGGCGCGCGCAAGCGGGGGGUCGUGGGCGGCAAGCCGCGGGGGAACCACAUGCACUAG